AUGAGCACAUUAAAAGGAACACCAAGCAUGGCGCAGACAGACUACAAGUUCGAAGGCUGGAUGGGCCUGGCGCCCGAGUCGGCAGAUGGAAAGAUGGUUUGGCAGGAGUUCGAGCCCAAGGAAUGGGAGGAGACCGACGUCGACAUUAAGGUCACCCAUUGUGGUGUUUGCGGAUCCGACUUGCACACUCUCCGCAGCGGCUGGGGCCCUACCAAAUACCCCUGCUGCGUUGGCCACGAGAUCGUCGGUAUUGCCGUCCGUGUAGGCUCGAAAGCCGUCGGCGAUAUCAAGGUCGGAGACCGCGUCGGCGUCGGUGCCCAGAGCGACUCGUGUCUGGGUCGUCUGGGCGACUGCCCCGAAUGCGCCAUGGGUUGGGAGCAAUACUGCUCUCAUAAGAUCGUCGGCACCUACAACGGCAUCCAUCUCAACGGCGGCAAGUCCUACGGCGGAUACUCCCUGUACAACCGUACCCCGUCCAACUUCGUCAUCAAGAUCCCCGAUGCUAUUCCCUCGGCCGAGGCUGCCCCCAUGCUCUGCGGCGGUGUCACCGUCUACAGCCCGCUGAAGCACAAUGGCUGCGGGCCCGGCAAGCGCGUCGGAAUCAUCGGUGUCGGCGGCCUCGGCCACUUCGGUGUUCUAUUCGCCAAGGCCAUGGGCGCCGACAAGGUCGUCGCUAUCUCGCGUAAGGCGAGCAAGAGCGCCGAUUCUCUCCAGAUGGGCGCCGAUACAUACAUCGCCACGGACGAUGAGCCGGACUGGGCUACUAAAUAUGCCCGUUCCUUGGACCUGAUUGUCUGCACUGUUUCUUCCUCGAAGAUGCCCAUGACGGAGUACUUGGGUCUUCUUGCUACCAACGGCAGCUUGGUUCAGGUCGGCCUUCCUGAGGAUGGGACGCUGUUCGCCAACGUGCGUAACCUUAUCCGGCGGGUGAAGGUCGAGAGCUCCUUCAUUGGCUCUCCUCGUGAGAUUCGGGAGAUGUUCCAGCUUGUUGCGGACAAGGGAGUGAAGCCUUGGAUUGAGGAGAUCCCCAUGAAGGAUGCCAACAACGCCAUCGUGGAUAUGCACGCGGGUAAGGCGCGCUACCGUUACGUGCUGGUCAAUGAGCAGCAGUAA